GUAUUUUAAAGGGGCCAUCUCUGAACUUCUCUAGAAACGUUUGGAACUUGAAAGAAACACAUCACUGUAUCUAUGUAUGUAUACACCACAGGGAAACCCCUUUAAACAUUGUUGUUUGUAGCUUGUCACAUCUGUACAAACUUCAUUGAAUUAUAGUAAGAGAUUUUACGGUUUGAUACUCUAUACAUGGAUGUGUUAGAAGAAAGAAAAUUAAUGAUCAAUCUGAUAUGCCCAUAUGUUUCCUUAUCAAAAGUUGUCGAAUUUAAGGCUUUGGAAGAUGAAAGAAUUGAUCUUGGCUCAAUUUCAAGAACAUUUGGGCUUGACCCGCUAACAAUCAGGAUAAAUGGUCACUUCAUUAGUAGAGGGGUUGAUUUUAUAGCUUCUUCUGUUACUUGGAAGUCUUUGAUUUCUUUCUUCUCUGCUAGAGGUUUUUCAACUGGAAUCUCCGCCAUUGAGCCACUCAGAGUUGAUGGGAAGCUCUGCAAAGUUGGCACCAAAAGAGUCCAUGAUACAGCAGGUGCAGAGAACAUAAUACACGGCAUCAGUGAAUGGGAAAACAAACAACCUGUAGACAAAUAUCUUAACCUUUUCAAAAAGUCUAAAUUCAUAGGCUCAGGUUCUUGCAUAAAGAAAGAGCACAAUCUUGAUAUUGACGGCCGGCGAAGUAAAUAUGAUGACAUCGGGUUGAAAAGAAAGAACCAGCUAGACUCCGUCCAACCGCAAAAGAAGUUGCGAAUGCAUGAAACUAGCCUAGGUAUGCUUCUCCUGGAAGGGGUGGAGGCAGGGGGUGGCCGGCAGGUGCGGCUGCAACCCCAAACCCCGGAUUUAACGUUAAAUCAGUUAUAAAAUCUAAUUUUUUUGUUAAAAAAUUGGUAAUAUAAGGAUAGUUUUAAUCGAAUAUUUGAGAUUUGCCCCCUCGAAAAUAGGUAUUUUUAAUGGAUAUAUAAUGAAAAAAGUGUUAAAAUCAAUGUUAUUUUUGAAAAUUUUGUGAAUUCAACCUUAAAAGUUUAAAUUAUAUUCAUUUUUCUUACAGUUUUUCUGUUUUUAAAUUAAUAAAAUCGCACAAAAAUAUUCUUAAAAUUUAUAUUCUUCUACUAAGUAAGUCCGCAAAAUACCCCCCCUCGUUGUCUGGAACCUGGCUCCGUCCCUGCCUCCUGGUUUGCCUCUCCAUUUUUCUUUCUCACCUUUAGGAGUGAAUAUACAGUUGUAGCUCUUUUCCUAUAGUUAAAGGAGUACCUGGCAUGUCUUAUGCUUAUUGUUUGUUUUCU